CGCCAUGCGCGCCGGGGUGUGGUCCGCCCUCACGCUCACGCGCGCGGCGGAGAGUUUUUCCGAGUGGGUUUCUGCCCUGUCCGUCCUUUUCUCUUUCUCUCUCCGUCCUGACUCUCUCCUCCUGGAGCUUCAGCCGACUCUCUUACUUCACGACACAUUCUUCCCCGGUGAAUAAACCUCAAAGACUGUCAAAAUGGCAAGCAGAGGAACUGUGAAAGCUAGUGGAAACUUCAACGCUAAUGAGGAUGCUGAGACCCUGUACAAGGCCAUGAAAGGCCUGGGGACGGAUGAGGAUGCUAUUUUGCAGCUGUUGACGUCUCGCAGCAACACCCAGAGGCAGCAGAUCAAGGCUGCUUACAAGACCCUGCAUGGAAAGGAUCUGGUGAGCGACCUGAAGGGAGAGCUGGGUGGCAAAUUUGAGACGCUCAUCGUGGGUCUGAUGACCGCUCCCCUCGCCUAUGAUGUGACAUCACUUCGUAACGCCAUCAAGGGGGCGGGGACGGAUGAGAAGGUGCUGGUGGAGAUUCUGGCCUCCAGAACAGCUCAGCAGGUCAAGGACAUCGUUGCUGCUUACAGAGAGGAGUAUGAUGAUAGCCUUGAGGAAGACAUAGCCGGGGACACUUCAGGUCACUUCAAGAGACUGCUGGUUAUUCUACUUCAGGCCAGCAGGCAGCAGGGAGUCCAGCAGGGAAACAUCGAGAGUGAUGCUCAGGCCCUGUUCAAAGCUGGAGAGCAGAAGUUCGGCACUGACGAACAGCAGUUUAUCACCAUCUUGGGCAACAGGAGCGCAGAGCAUCUGAGGAAAGUGUUUGAUGCCUACAUGAAGCUGUCAGGCUAUGAGAUUGAGGAGAGCAUUCAGAGGGAGACAUCUGGGAGCCUGAGAGACCUGCUCCUCGCCGUGGUGAAGUGUGCCAGGAGCGUUCCAGCCUAUUUUGCCGAGACCCUGUAUUAUUCUAUGAAGGGCGCGGGGACUGAUGACCAGACCCUGAUCAGGGUGAUGGUGACUCGUAGCGAGGUGGACAUGUUGGACAUCCGAUCUGAGUUCAGGAAAAUAUCUCCUAAAUCCCUCCACGCCAUGAUUAUGGGAGACACUGGUGGUGACUACCGUAAGGCCUUACUUCUGCUUUGUGGUGGGGAUGAUGCGUAACCAUGGAAACAACCAUGAUAGGAACUACACCUGAAGUGCCUCCUCUUUAAUUGGGCCCUUGGGCUGUCAGACACUCACUGAGACAUAAAGCACAAAAAACAACUUUGUGCAUCACAACAAAAACUGUCUUGUGGGUGACGGUUUAAAGUCCCUUUAAAGUUUUAUUCCAAAUUAAUUGUUUGAAAGGUAGCUAACAUUGUGUUGAAGUUCACAUUAAUGCGGCUUUUGGUCCACUAAUAUUUUCAAUAUGACUAAUGUUAUAUCAUGCAUUUGUAUCACCAAAAUAUCUGAAUGCGAUUGUGUUUAUAUGCACUUUGUAUGGCAAAACAAAUAUAUGCAAUAAUAAAUGUUUCAGUUGAUGAAGUAAA